GCACUACAGAGUUAUCCUGUGAGAUACGAAGAGAGCAUGAAUACUGUGUUAGUACAAGAAAUGGAGCGAUUUAAUAAUUUAAUUAAAACUAUACGCAAUACUUUACAAGACCUUGAAAAGGCCAUUAAAGGUGUGGUUGUGAUGGAUUCUGCCUUGGAGGCACUUUCUGGCAGCUUACUUGUUGGAAAGGUUCCAGAAAUGUGGGCCAAAAGAUCAUACCCAAGUCUUAAGCCCCUAGGAAGUUACAUCUCAGAUUUUCUAGCCCGGCUGGACUUUUUACAGAACUGGUAUAAUUUCGGAAAACCCUGUGUGUUUUGGCUGUCAGGUUUCUUUUUCACCCAAGCCUUUUUAACUGGAGCUAUGCAGAAUUAUGCCAGAAAAUAUACCAUCCCUAUUGAUUUACUAGGAUAUGAGUUUGAGAUAUUCCUUGUGACACAUCUGACGAGUCACCAGAAGAUGGUGUUUACAUCCAUGGAUUAUAUCUUGAUGGAGCACGCUGGGACAGAGAAAGUGGAUUGCUGGCUGAACAAUAUCCUAAACUUCUCUUUGACCUGAUGCCCAUCAUAUGGAUAAAACCAACUGAAAAGUCUCAGAUUAUGAAGUCAGAUGCCUAUGUCUGUCCUCUCUACAAGACAAGUGAACGUAAAGGAGUUCUUUCCACUACAGGACAUUCUACUAACUUUGUCAUUGC